AUGGAGAUUUAUUCCCCAGACAUGUCCGAGGUCGCUGCCGAGAGGUCCUCCAGCCCCUCCACCCAGCUGAGUACAGACCCAUCUCUUGAUGGGCUUCCGGCAGCAGAAGACAUGCCCGAGACCCAGACUGAAGACGGGAGAAGCCCUGGGCUCCUGGGCCUGGCGGCGCCCUGCUGUGUGUGCCUGGAAGCUGAGCGCCUGAGGGGUUGCCUCAACUCGGAGAAAAUCUGCAUUGUCCCCAUUCUGGCUUGCCUGGUGAGCCUCUGCCUCUGCAUUGCCGGCCUCAAGUGGGUCUUUGUGGACAAGAUAUUUGAGUAUGACUCUCCUACCCACCUUGACCCUGGGGGAUUAGGCCAGGACCCUAUUAUCUCGCUCGACCCGACGGCGGCCUCAGCUGUGUGGGUACCAUCUGAGGCACACACUUCACCUGUCUCUAGGGCUCAGUCUGAAGCGGAGGUUCAAGUUACAGCGCAAGUUGACAAUACUGUUGUGGCCUCCGGGCCGCCUAUAGGGCCCACCCCGAAGAAUCGCGCUUUUGCUUUUUCUUUCCUGCCUUCCACUGCACCAGCCUUCCCUUCACCCACACGGAGCCCUGAGAUGAGAACACCCAAGUCAGCAACUCAGCCACACAGCACAGAAACUAACCUCCAAACUGCUCCUAAACUUUCUACAUCUACAUCUACAACUGGGACAAGCCAUCUUGUGAAGUGUGCAGAAAAAGAGAAAACUUUCUGUGUGAAUGGAGGCGAGUGCUUCAUGGUGAAGGACCUUUCAAACCCCUCAAGAUACAUGUGCAAGUGCCCAAAUGAGUUUACUGGUGAUCGCUGCCAAAACUACGUAAUGGCCAGCUUCUACAAGCAUCUUGGGAUUGAAUUUAUGGAGGCCGAGGAGCUCUACCAGAAGCGAGUGCUGACCAUCACUGGCAUCUGCAUCGCCCUGCUUGUGGUUGGCAUCAUGUGUGUGGUGGCCUACUGCAAAACCAAGAAGCAGCGGAAAAAGCUUCAUGACCGGCUUCGGCAGAGUCUUCGGUCUGAACGGAACAUGGUGAACAUGGCAAAUGGACCCCACCGCCCAAACGCACCCCCGGAGAACGUUCAGCUGGUGAAUCAAUAUGUGUCUAAAAAUGUCAUCUCUAGUGAGCACGUUGUUGAGAGAGAAGCCGAGACGUCUUUUUCCACUAGUCACUAUACCUCAACAACUCAUCAUUCCACCACCGUAACCCAGACUCCUAGUCACAGCUGGAGCAAUGGACACACAGGAAGCAUCAUUUCGGAAAGCCAUUCUGUAAUCAUGAUGUCAUCAGUAGAAAACAGUAGGCAGAGCAGCCCAGCGGGGGGCCCACGAGGACGUCUCAAUGGCCUGGGUGGCCCUCGGGAAUGUAACAGCUUCCUCAGGCAUGCCAGAGAAACCCCUGACUCCUACCGAGACUCUCCUCAUAGUGAAAGGUAUGUGUCAGCAAUGACCACCCCGGCUCGUAUGUCACCUGUAGAUUUCCACACGCCAAGCUCCCCCAAAUCGCCCCCUUCGGACAUGCAUCCACCUGUUUCCAGCACAACGGUGUCCAUGCCCUCCAUGGCAGUCAGCCCCUUUGUGGAAGAGGAGAGACCACUGCUUCUCGUGACACCGCCAAGACUGCGGGACAAGUAUGACCAUCACCUUCAGCAGUUCAGCUCCUUCCACCACAACCCUGCGCACGAGAGCAACAGCCUGCCCCCUAGCCCUUUGCGGAUAGUAGAGGACGAAGAAUACGAGACCACCCUGGAGUACGAGCCAGCGCAAGAGCCUGUUAAGAAACUUGCCAGUAGCCGGCGGGCCAAAAGAACCAAGCCCAAUGGCCACAUUGCCAACAGGUUGGAUCUGGACAGCAACACCAGCGCUGAGAGCAGUCACUCAGAGAGUGAGACAGAAGAUGAGAGAGUGGGUGAAGAUACGCCUUUCCUGGGCAUCCAGAACCCCCUGGUAGCCAGUCUCGAAGCAAGCCCGGCCUUUCGCCUGACUGAGGGCAGGACUAACCCAACAGGCCGCUUCUCUACACAAGAAGAAAUGCAGGCCAGGCUAUCCGGUGUAAUUGCUAGCCAAGACCCGAUUGCUGUAUAAAGCCUAAAUAAACACAUAGAGUCACCUGUAAAACUUUAUUUUAUAUAAUAAAGUAUUCCACCUUAAAUUAAACAAUUUAUUUUAUUUUAGCAGUUCUGCAAAUAGAAAACAGGAAAAAACUUUUAUAAAUUAAAUAUAUGUAUGUAAAAAUGUGUUAUGUGCCAUAUGUAGCAAUUUUUUACAGUAUUUCAAAAUGAGAACGAUAUCAAUGGUGCCUUUAUGUUCUGUUAUGUCGAGAGCAAGUUUUGUACAGUUGCCGUGAUCGCUUUUCCACAGUAUUUCAGCAAAACCUCCCCUCUGUUCAGAUUUUGCUGGCUUCUUGUGCAUUGCAUUAUGAUGUUGACUGGAUGUAUGAUUUGCAAGACUUGCCGCUGCCCCUCUGUUAGCUUAUGGUAGCGCCCUGUCCAUCUAGUAAUGGCGCAUCCAUCCAAUCGCUCUCCUCCUUCGCAUCCAGGUCCUUUUUUGCUUUCACUCUAUGAAAUGAGUUGUGUCUACUCUGCCAGCCAAAGGUUUGCUUCAUUGGCCUCUGAGAUAAUAGUAGAUCCAACAGCAUGCUACUAUUAAUUACAGCAGGAAACUGCGCUAAGUAAUGUUAAAUAUUAGGAAGAAAGUAAUAUUGUGAUAUUUUUAAAACUAUAUUAUUAAUCAGAAGACAGCUUGCUUUCCCUACAAAGAGCUACCAUGUAUUUUAUUUUCACUUCUUUUUCUUGAGAAAAAGCAACAGUUUUCAGGAUAGCAUAGAAAAUGGGAUCUGACUUGCUAUUGGGAUAUGUCAAACACCUAGGGAAUCCAAUUUCACUUUUUCUCUGGGGAGAAUGUUGUUUCACCUCAUUAAACUAAAGAAGAAAUGAUGGUUUUAACAGGUGCAGUCAUUCCAGAACUGUAUUUGUCCCCAACUUGGGGAGUUAGAGAUUACUUGUGACUCCUCAGCCCAUGAAGAGAUGGGUUAAGGCAUCAAAAAGCCCAGCUGAAAGCACCUUCAGCAGUUUGAAAGCCUCCUAGAGAGAAGUGUGCAUGCUGUACCAAUCCAUUGUGACUGGGCAUUACAGGGAAGUUUUCCAUCAUAAAGUGCCUAGGAGGAGGGAGUGCGUGAAGGCACCUGUAAGGCAGCACUGUGACAUGGUUGCAAUUGUUUAGUAGUUGGUUUGACCACUCCUCAUUCUUUCUCUUUUGCUUUUCAGCAUUGCCUUGAUUAAGUCAUAACAAUGCAUGAACAUUUUUGUCAGGAAUGGCCAAUGUGCAUGUGAUGCGUGAUUAGUAAAAGCUUUCCAUGAGUGCCAACUCAUGGAAAUGGUGUUAGAAAGAUUGCACCUUUUCUUGCAGAAGCGACCUCACAUACGUGCUGACGUCUCACCUUGCAGCUCUAUCACCCACUUCUCUUUUUGAACAUUUUGUUUCACUGUCAAAAAGCAGGUCUAAGAUUAGUCUCAACUGUGCAUGUUCUUAGUGACUGUAAACCCAAGGAAGGCCUUUAGUAUUAAUAUUUGAAAUAACUACUAAUUCAGGAAAAUAAGAUAACUUUAUAAAUGCAAAUCAUGAUCUGCCACUGAUCACUGUCAAAUCGGGCUCGAGUUUCCUUAGGUUCCACGGGGUUCCCUAUGAGCCCUGGGACUAAACAGGAAGUAGAUUAUUAGGGGGGGUUCAGAAAACCAGGUUUGAAGGCCAUGAGAGUAACUACGUCUUUGUUUACAGGUGAACUGAAUCUAUUUCUUCACCAAAUCUAUGUCAAAACUAAAGGGGGUGACAUACAAGUAGAUUAUAGGGAGCAAAGGAGGUUGGACAUGAGUCAUGUCAAAAAAGCUUCUACAUGUUUCUACAAUCCACAGAGGUCUCUGUGUGCUGAUCCUUGGAGUUACUCUCAGCAAUGGGGACCUGAAGCUGCCCUUUAUUAUUUGCAUACUACUUCUCUCUGUCCAGCAGGGUGUUCAUUUUUUUUUUUUUAACCUAGACUCCAGCAUUUCUGCUAGGUCGCAUGAGUUGCACUGAUUUCCUGAUCCCGUUAAAAGGGAUAAGUUUAUAGCAGAAGGAAGACUAUAGUCAAUCCAAAAAAAAAAAAAAGUUUUCAAAACGCCUUCUAAGGCUCAUCCUUAGACAAUGUCAAUAAAAACUUUCCUACUAUCAAUUUUACCAAAUUAAAAUGAAAAUUUCUAUUAUGAAGUCCUUAGACAUUCCAAUAUUCCUGUGCCCUAUUCAGGAGAAUUUCAGGAAUAAAUCAUAUCUGCAAGCAAGGAACAUUUUUCUGAGUAUGAAAAUUGCCGUUAAUUUUUGAGUGCAAAUAUGCCUGAAAGUUUAAGACAAGAGAAAUUUUUUUCCAACUUGAAUCUAAGUUACUCACCAAAGUGAUAUAUUAGUUGGGAGGCCUCUUCAUCUGUCAAACAAGAGCAUCCCUGAUUGGAAAGGUCAGCUGACACCUCAGGGCUAUCUCCCAAGCCCUGGAUAUUUGUGUCCACAGGGACACUUCUGUGAUAUUUAAUUGCCGCAUGACUCUCGACCACCCCUGCGUAUAAACUCAGGCAGUUCAAUGAUGCUCCAAAUGAGGGCAUUACCUAUGUUCCCAGAACAUGAAAAGCUUCUCUCGGUGUUUCAAUUAUGGAAACUUCUCAGAAUUUUGAUGGCAACUUUGUUUUCUAAGUUUGAUAUCAAUUCCCCCGAGAAGUUUGCAGUGCAUAGUUACACAAAAUGCCUUUAAAAAACAAAAAAACAACUCAAGAUUCCUUGUCUGUCCUACUCUCACCCUUCUGCCUGGUCUUACUCUGUUUCCAAGAGUGCCUGGAUAGCCUCUUGUUUUCUACAAAAUGGCACUCUGUCUAGGUGUAUGUGAAUGUUCCCAAUAUGCUGUAUUUUCCUUGUUUAAGUGUGACUGUCUUGAUAUAGGUGGAGUAUAUCCAGGGUAACUUGCAAGGUAACUAUUCCUUUAUUUUUUUCUUUUUGGCCUGGGGUUGAAAGGUACAUGACUUACAUUUGGUGAAUAUAUGGAAGGCCCGGUCUUAUUUUUUUAGCCCUGGCUGUAUUCCACCAACCAUGAAGAUUACUAUCCUCAAAGACCCAUGGAACACUGCAGAGAUAUGCAGACAAAAGGAAAUGGCCACAUAUCACAAGUUCUAUUAUAUAUUCUUUUGUAAAUACACAUUGUACAUUUCUUGGAUAUUUUCCUAAAUAAUUUACUGUGUUUAUGAGUUACUGUCAGUUUUUUUCUCUUUUAACUUAGACUGUGUAACAAUGUAAAUAACAUAAUGUCCUUUAUUAUUUAUAUUUAAACAUCUAACAUAGAGUUUUCAUAUAAGUUAAAGGUAAAUGUCAAAAAUAUGGGUUUUUUUUGUUUUUGCUUUGCUUUAAAGUUAUGUAUCUUUUCUUUUUUCCCUUUUUUUAAAAGAAUAAUUUAUUGUUCAGGAAAAGAAUGUAUAUGUAUUUGAAGAAUGCACAUUUGAAGGCCCUGAGGUACUGAUAAACUAAAGAAUUUAUUAUCCCAAAUACUAAGCAAUAAGCAAUCGUGAUUUAUUUAAAGUUUUGUUCAUUUACCAUGAAAGACUUACUGCAAUAAAAAUGCUACUCUGUGGAGUCCCGGGAGUUGCUCUGCAGACUAAUAGUUGAGUCUGUCAGACCCGACCCUGUCAUCUUCUGGAGAUGGUUAUACUCAUUUAGGGAUAUGUUUGAUGGAUCCCAUGAUCAUCUUUCCUGUCUGCUUUGCCACACUGUCGAUUCUUGAAUCAUUUUCUGCCUCCUGAUUUCUGCUUACCACUAUAUCCCUCGCAGGGGGCCAUAACCAAGCAUAACCUCUUCUCUUACACCCAGAGUAACCUACUGGGACAUUACAGGGUCUGAUCACCUGGAUCCUGGCUGUUAGCUUGCUCUGAUGUGACAUCGAGAAACUUCUUCAGAUGGAUGGAAAUGUCAGUGUGAUGAUCUUUUGCAGCCAUAAUAGGAAAAACCCCUGAUUCAGAUCUAACCGGCUCCAUGGUCUAAGAGGUAGUCAUUUGGCACCUGGCAAUGUGAAGCUAUUGCCAGCAAGCCUAACUUAUUCACUCAGUUUCAAGAGAAGUUAAGGUUAGGUUGUUUUUUGCCACCCUCAUUCUAUCAAUAAAUCAAACUAAUUGCCCGUCUUACAGCUCAGGGAAGAGCCAAUGCAUGAGAAAAUUUCCACAUUCUAAGACUUAGUCGUAGAAAUGAGGAUAUUACUUUUCUUGAAAUUAGCCUAUACUAAAGCCAUAUUUUAGUAAGUAGAUAUGUGCAUGGAAGAUACUUUUUAUAUAUUUCAGGCAUUUUAUUCAUUAUUCAGGAUAGGAUAAGGGCUUCUGAAGCAUAUGGAGGAGAGGUCAGCAAUUCUUUGGGGUAUAACAGGGACGUCUUAGGGGAUUUGAGAGUACCCUGCGGCUUCCCAUUUAAGUCACUCUUCACAAACGCAUAUGAUUCCUAUUAUCUAGUAAUGGCUUCACUAGUGUCAUUUCUGAAAUAAUCAGGAUGUCUAGGGAAUUCAAAUGCGGCCUUUAUCCUUACUACUUUUUUACUAUUUGUAUUCUUGAAUUUUCUGAAUUAUUCAGAAGCCCCAGAUUUGUGUCAACUUUAUUUUACACAUGCAAAGAUAAUUUCUAAUAGUCAACCUUAAGUAACAUUCUUUCACUCAUCCAAUCCAGCCAGUAAGCCAUUAGGCAAUCAAGGAGUAUGGAGAACGUUUAAAUAUUAAAGGCUGAGAUUCUUUCCUGUGCCUUUGAGCAUAUACUGAGAUUUUAUUCAUACCUAAACAUUGGGAACUAUGAGCAGUUAGCUAAGUAAUUUAGGAUGAAUUUAAUUACCUAUGAUAGGUAAGGUUUUGAGGGAGGAACCUACAUGACAGAGGGCAGAAUGGAGAGAAAGAACAUUAACACACAUACACACAUGGAAAUGAUAUAUUUUGAUAAUUACUACAAUUUCUUAUUCAAUCCAAUCAUCUAGUCUCUUGAAUAGCAACCCCAGGCCUGCUCUUACAGCUAACAAUUUUUUUCUUACUUAAUGUCAUUCAUUCUCAUCAUCUGAUUUCUUGACUCUGACCUAAUAGCAAAGGACAAAAGAACUUGAUGUCAGGGACUUAAAGCUAAAUGAGUCAGUUCUGAGAUCCAGAAAUUCAGGAUGCUUGCAGGAGCAGAAACUUUUGAUGAUCUUAUGUGAAUCACUUUGUACUCUAGCUAACCCACUCUAAGACAGAUAUAAUAAAGAAAAUUUAUGGGAAAAAUACUCCAAAACAUUAAUUUGGAGGAAAUAAAAAUGCUUUCAGUUCAUUAAAUACGCAUACUAUUGCUCCAACAAGCAGCAGAAUCUAACUGCAUCCUGGAGUUGUCUUUCAGAGUGGUCAGGCUUACUUACCCCACUGGGUUCCCUGGGGCCCCUGUUGACAUCCUGAGACUGUAGCUAUUGAUCUCAUGUGGGGAUUGCUUGGGUGUCAUUUUCAGUGAGCUCCAAACUGAACCAUUAGCUGGCAUUUAGAUAUAAAUAGAACUUAAUUGCUUUGCAGAUUCUUAAAAAACAAAAACAAGAGGGAAACCAAUAAUUCCUAAAAAGGGAAGAAAUAAUCGCUAUUAGUUACACCCAAGGUCUUUCUCUAACCCUUCCACUGUGAAAGGUCUUACUGGGACAGGAUUUGAAGAAACUUACCAUCUCUUCUCACCCAAAAACAUGCCCAAGAGGUUAAAGAAUUCUACAUCUUUAAUAGUUUUUGUGAAGGCUUGCUUAUAAGCACAGCACAAACUAUUAAAUAUAAAUAAUACUUUGUGACUUAUAAGAUACUUGAUCUCUGUAUUCUUUUAACCCCAUGAGACAUUGAUUCACAUGACAACAGAGAAAUACGGUCCCGGGGAAGUUAAAGAUCUAGGUAGUCAGUUGCAGUGGAGAUAGUCACAUCCACCUAAUUUCAGACUUCAUAUCCUUGUCCUACUUCCUGCUCUUCUUUCUUCUCCAGGACCCACGUACAAACAACUCUUUUCUUUUCAACAUUUUUUUUUAAAUAAAGACAAUACAAAUUACAUCAAAAUAUCAACUUUCUGCAUUAAAAAAAAAGCUCCUUCCUGGUCUUGAUUUAGAGUUACUCUGCCAUGCCAUCUUCUUGACUAAAUAACUCUAUGCACCUUUUCCUAAACCUAGUUUCUCGGGAAAUGUAUAGCCAUGGCAGAUAGUUCACAAUUUCAGUAUCUCGGUAACAUCCUUCGGAGAGGGGUCUGGUGUAAGAACACCAUCCUCUGCAUGUGCUAACUCUGUAAAUUUGGACAACCUCAAGGAAGCAUAAAUCUGUCUAAUGCUUAGUGCCUAUGUGAAUUUUAAUUUCUGUUUGCUUCUUUCCUCCAAGUUAUAAGUUUGGGAACCAAACUUUCUCACACUUUACAAUAUACUGACUAACUAAAUAAGUAUAUUAUCAUUUUCUUCUUCGAGGAUCAAUAAGCCAAAUUCCCUUUUAAUCAGUUAUUUUAUUGAGAAGCAUAAUCACUAACAUUUUAAAGUAUGUUAGUAAGUUAGUGUAUUAUAUUAUUUUUCUUCAUAGCUAUACACAUUAUAUCACACAACUCAUUUUUAUGGCUUAUCACCUUAAUAUUUAAUUUAUGAAAUUUAUUGAAAUGUGAUUAUUGGCAGAGUUUUCAUAAUACUACCUUCAAACUUUAUUGCAAGCUUAUAAAAUCAAAAGAUGAUUCAAAGAUGAUAGGUUAUCCGCACAGGUUAUAUACACCUGUUGCCUGAGUUUGUACCCAGGCAAACAUCUUCCAUCUCUUUAAAAACCUAUAAUCUGGUCAGAGGUCAGCAGAAUGACAGGCCUCAGAGUAACCCUUCCAUAUAAAAAAAACUGCAUUACUUAGGGAUGCUUCUUACCUAUGCCUUUGAUCAACCUAAUAGUUCUUCAGGUUUUACUCCCUGCAUAAAACAGGAUGCUGUAUUUCCAUCUUGAGUAUGAAGCAGUGACUAAUAUAGAAAUAAAUGCUAUUUGGGCAUAAUCCUUUAAAACAUCAUUGCAUCAGCUGAUGGAUGACUUGAUCUUAAGCUAUCCAUCACAAAGCUUGUAGUAGGUAUUAUUAAGGGCAAGAAGAUCUAAUGCAAUUGUUCAUAUGUUAUUUUUACUUAAAUAAAAGUGUAUUUUAUUAAAAUUUUCCUAACUGUAGCUUUUUAUAAAAUAUGCAUAAGGAUUUUUUUAAAGAAAUAAUCUACAUGUAAACUUUGUGUCCUAUUAUUAUUAGUUACCAUCAUACGUUAGGCUGUCUUCUUCUUAAUGUGACUUUCAUUAGGAUAGUCCUUGCCUGGUCUUGAAAUUUUUUGUAGUGAGAUGCAUACAGAGCUUCAUUGCUGUAGGAAGUCAGGCUAAAGGCAGAAAGAAUUAUCUGCUUUUUCACAGUUGAGCCUACAGUGAACUUUUCAUCUUCUUUGGAGAAAGGGCCUCAACUUGCAAUUAAUAAGGUAAAAGAGCAGAUGUUUUCCCAAUGGAUUCUAGACUCUGUUCACCAAGAAUGAUAGGAAGAAAGAAAAUGCUAUAUUUGAGGGUCAUGUUCUCAAAGUUUCUCAAUCCCCAGUAACUUGGUCUCCUCAAAUUGUGAGGUGUUCUUCCUUCUCAUAAGAAUCUCCCUGCAAAGAUCACAUUCUUGCCUGAAGACUUCAUUAUAUUUUAAAUAAACACAACUAUUUAGUCAGAACACUUCUUAUCCCUUCACUGAGUUUUAGACUAUAGGAUAAUAUAAUUUUAUACUUUCAAUAGAAUCACAAUUUGAAAAAUGAAUUAUCAAGUUUUAGGUCAUUUUAUUAGACUAAGAGCUUCCUUUAUUUGUUGAAAGUUGCUAGAAAAAUUUAGGACAGAAUUAUAGGGUAUUAUAUCACUUCCAUUAUUUGCUUGUCCAAAAACUUGCAACAAGGAAAGAUAUCCACUCCUACCCACUAUCACACAUACACAUCCUGAGUUAUAUUCUGUCAGAGGUGCUGGAUCUUGAGUCAACGUGUGAGGAAAGGAAGUCAGGUCCUUGAUGUUAACUGCUAACACAGUUGCUGAUAUGUAGGGGUUCACUCAGGGUCAAAGUCAUGCCAAGUUCAAAUAAAGGAUCAACUAAGGGAAAAUAUCCCCUCAUCUGGUUAAGAAAGUUUCAUGUCACCUACUAAGUAAACCAGAAGUGGAGCAAUAGUCUAAAUUAUGGAAGGGCUCCACAUCUGAUCAGUGACAAUGAUGAUUGUACCACUGAUACAUCUCCUUCUGGUGCCCACUGCUAGUGGCCAUGCCUUUCUCAUUUCUCAACGAUCCCCAAUUCAAUUCCUAACUGAUCUACUUCCUUCAGCUCCUUUAGCCCAUCUUUCACAUUCUGCUGGAAGGUUCUCUCUAAUUUUCCAACUGCAUCACUCUAUUAUCGGGGUAUUGACCUUUCAUGCCUCCUCAUGAAGCUUUCUGCCUCAGUCUAACCUAGGAAGCUCUUUGUAAUGGCACCUGCCAAACUCCUCAAGCUUGUCUCUUGUUCUCAUGUUUCACUGCACCUUAUGAUUUUCUGGUUCCCAAAUACCCACAGCUGUGUCCAUCAAACUCUAGUCAUGGAUAUAUCAACGUCAUAAUUAUUACCAUACCCAUGUAUCACCUGUAUUCUUUUUGCAUAUUGUUUUUAAUUAACUGCAUUUUUAACUAAAAUAAAGUCAUUUCAAAUGAAAUCUUGUAUCAAUGCUGCAAAUGGAAAACUUCAAUCAAAGUUGCCAUAAUUAAAACAGAACUGUAAAAAUAAACAUAAUAAAAAUGAAACUAAGUAGUUAAGCUCUAACAA